ACGUGCGAGUAUCUCGAGCUAAACUGUACAAACAAUACUAACGAACUCUAGUGUAAUUAUGUUAAUAUUAAUCCUCAGCCUCUUUGGCUGCGCGAGCGCCGCCCAGUCAGUGUUCUAUGACUCCUUCACCGGCAACACUUUGGGCACCGAAGAAGUUAAAGGGCAUAUCAAAAGGAAUUCCACUUUCUGGUGUGUAAACGAGGUGCUACCAUGCAACCCUUACGAAGGAAGACGUGUGGAUGGCUCAUGUAACAACCUAAAGUACCCCAACAGAGGCUCCGCUCACACCCCCAUACUUCGCUUACUGCCACCCAAGUAUGGCAAAGAUUUUGAGCCGCGCAGAAGUAAAAAUGGCGACCCCUUACCGCUACCACGACAGGUGCGUACCUCGUUGAUGCCCGAAGGAAAUGUGCCAGAUAAUGACAUCACUCAGCUUCUGCUGCAUUUUUGGGUGUUCGUCGUAUCGGAUGUUCUGUCUGUCCAUGACACAGUUAACUACAUACGUUGGAAGCCUUACUGUUGCCAAGAGAAAGGGAAGACGGACAACGCUUGCAUUCCAAUCAAGGUGCCAGACGAUGAUCCAGUGCAUCAGUUCUCUUCUAUAAGGUGUAUGAACCUCACCAGACCAGAGAGCUUCCAGUCUAGGGGGUGUUUGAAAAACGACACCACCCCAGAAAGAAUCACGACCGCAACGCCACAUUUCGAUUUAUCUCACGUAUAUGGAAACAAUAUGCAAGUGUUGAACGCUAAGGGGAGGCUGUUAGAGAAAGGGUUACUGAAAUAUGAAGAAUUCCAGGGAAAGAUUUGGCCACCGAGUGCUAAGACCAAAGACCAUCUGUGUUUCUUGAACGAGCUGCCUCAUGAGACCAGAUGCCACGAUAUACCGGAACCCGGAGACAAUAGUGUUUUAGGUAUAAAUUUAUUCCUAAUCUGGACAUGGAGACUACACAAUCGUAUAGCAACACAGCUGGGCAAACUCAACCCCUGUUGGAAUGAUGAAAGGAUAUUCUUCCAAACGAGGGACAUAGUCAUAGCUAUUACAAACCAGAUUUAUUACUAUGAGCUGAUGCCGGUCAUAAUGGGUUACGACAAUCUUGUACGAGACGGUGUACUAUCACCAUACAAAGGCUUCAGGGAUUUGUACGACGAAGAAGUUUUUCCGCAAAUAUCGCUGGAGUUUCCGUUCGUACUCCGAUGGGCCCAUACCGUACAGGAAGGGAACUUGAAGAUGUAUGAUUCAGACGGUACCUUCGUUAAGGAGAUCAAAGUGGUGAACUUGACUCUCAGAACCGGGUACGUAGCAAACAACAUCGACUACAUCGUUCAGGGCGCGAUUCGACAGCCUAGUGGGAAAUUCGACCAUAUAGUCGACCGAGAUGUUGCUGAAACCAUUAUGGGUCCUCAUCAGGCAGCAUCGGAUGUCUUGACCAGUGAUUUAACCAAAAACAGAUACUUUGGGUUCCCGCCAUACGUCAAAUACAGAAAAUAUUGUUCUGGUAAAAAGUACAGCAGCUUUGAUGAUCUACUCGAUGUCAUUGACCCUGAGAGAGUAGAAAUGCUUAAAAACAGAUACAAGCAUUUGGAAGACAUAGACCUGAUGGCUGGUAUAUGGCUGGAGAAGCACGUAGCAGGCGGUCGGGCCCCCUACACCUUCUACUGUAUCGUUGUGGAGCAGAUGAUCAGGACGCUGGUGUCUGACAGACACUGGUAUGAGCGACCUAAUCGACCCAAUGCGUUUACUUUAGAUCAACUUCUGGAAAUAAGGAAAGCGUCUAUAGCUCAAUUCUUAUGCGCCGUAGGGGACAAAGUGACCCAGAUCCAACCGCAGGCUUUCUACUUACCUGGGCCUGGAAAUGAAAUGCGUAGCUGCGAUGAAAUUCAGAAAAUAAAUCUGUGGCCAUGGAAAGAUGCAAGCUGCAAGCAAGAUAAACCUUUUGGUUGUUCUAGUAACGUGUGAUUGGUGGCAAAUAACUUUGUGUAAUAUUGAUUGAUUUAAUAAAACUUAUUUAAAAUAUUAAUAAAUAGAUUACUAUAAGA